AGUUAAUCUAUUCCUCCCCACCGUCCAAAAAUGUUCGCAGCUCGCACGGCAGCGCCGCCACUCCUUCUUCACUUCCACUCUUUACCUUGCCGCGUCCUUCCAUUAAUUCCACUCCGCAACUUUCUCUCAGCCGCUCAUUGCCGGAGAUCGGUCCGUUUAUCGGCAGCUAUGGCCGGAAUUUUAUCCCCUCGUGCAGCAUCGCCACCAGUGCACGUGUCUGGCACGUGGUACUCCGUUCCGGAGCUCCGUCUCCGGGACCAUCACUUCUCUGUGCCUCUCAAUUACUCUCUAAAUCAGGCUUCUUGUACUAGGAUCUCCGUUUUUGCGCGGGAAGUUGUUUCAGUGGGAAAAGAGGAUCAACCAAUGCCAUACCUUUUGUUCUUACAAGGUGGACCCGGAUUUGAGUGUGCACGACCAACGGAAGCUAGUGGAUGGAUACAAAAAGCAUGUGAAGAAUUUCGUGUUAUACUGAUGGAUCAGCGAGGAACAGGAUUAUCAACUCCUUUAACUCCAUCAUCCAUGUCACAAUUUCAAAGUUCAGAUGACUUAGCCAACUACUUGAAACAUUUUCGAGCUGAUAACAUAGUUAAUGAUGCUGAAUUUAUUAGGACUCGUCUUGUUCCUGAUGCUGCACCUUGGACCAUUUUGGGUCAGAGCUACGGCGGUUUUUGUGCAGUUACGUAUUUGAGUUUUGCACCACAAGGAUUGAAGCAAGUUCUCAUAACUGGAGGAAUCCCUCCAAUUGGGAAUGGAUGCACGGCAGAUUCUGUAUAUAGAGCAUGCUUUGAAAAGGUUAUAAUUCAAAAUGAAAAGUACUACAAGAGGUAUCCACAGGAUAUUGAAAUUGUCCGUGAAGUUGUGAAAUACUUGGCCGAGAAUGGAGGCGGGGUUCUUCUUCCCUCUGGUGGUAUCUUGACACCCAAAGGACUGCAAACUCUUGGUCUUUCUGCUCUGGGAACUAGUACAGGUUUUGAGCGCUUGCACUAUCUGUUUGAGAGAGUUUGGGAUCCUAUAUUAGUUCGUGGAUCACCAAAACGAAUUAGUUUUUUCUUCCUCAAUGCAAUUGAUAACUGGCUCUCACUUGAUUCAAAUCCUCUAUACGUUCUCUUGCACGAAACAAUAUAUUGCCAGGGAGCCUCAUCUCGUUGGUCUGCUCAAAGAAUAAAGAAUGAAGUGGAAAACAAAUUCGAUGCAAAUAAAGCUGUAAAAGAAGGAUGUGCCGUGUAUUUCACUGGAGAGAUGAUCUUCCCAUGGAUGUUUGACGAAAUACAUGCCUUGAGACCAUUCAAAGAUGCAGCGCAUAUAUUAGCUGAUAAGGAGGAUUGGCCUCCUCUAUAUGACAUCGCUGCUCUUAAAAAUAACAAGGUUCCGGUGGCAGCUGCAGUGUAUUACGAAGAUAUGUUUGUGAACUUCAAACUGGCCAUGGACACAGCUUCCCAAAUAGCAGGAAUAAGGUUAUGGGUUACUAAUGAAUUUAUGCAUUCUGGUCUGCGUGAUGCAGGGCCCCAAGUUCUUGAUCACUUGAUGGGAUUAUUAAAUGGAAAAAAGCCUUUAUUUUGAGGUUUUUUUUUUUUCUUCUCAUCUUUGUUAUUUUUCUUCAUUAUCAUUGGAUUGAGUUCAUGUUAUUCUCUCCUUAAUAAGCUUGUUAUUUGUUAAUGGAUGAGAUUAGGAGAUUGUAAACUGGUUAAUCCUUUCUCCUAAUAAGUUUUUUCCCCCCAUUAA